AGGCUUGUCGUUUUAGUGUGCGUGUAAGUAUACAGCUGACAUUAAACGACACGAAUUAGCUGGAAAGGGGUUAGGGUUUUGCUCUGAUUUGGGAUCCAAAUUUUGAUAUUCAAAUUCGUAAAUUGACAAUCAAAUCAAUAAUCAGAACCAUUAGCAAUUGCAAUGGUCUGCGAGAAGUGUCAGAAGAAAUUAUCGAAGGUGAUAGUACCAGACAAAUGGAAAGAAGGUGCCAGCAAUACUACUGAAGGUGGUGGCCGCAAAAUCAACGAGAACAAGCUUCUUUCCAAGAAGAACAGAUGGACCCCUUAUGGAACUACUAAGUGCAUAAUUUGCAAGCAGCAAGUGCACCAGGAUGGCAAGUACUGUCACACUUGUGCUUACUCGAAAGGAGUUUGUGCGAUGUGUGGCAAGCAAGUUCUUGACACCAAGUUUUAUAAACAAAGCAAUGUGUAGUGGAUCUGUGCUUCUCUAUUCAUCUUCUUCUAGGUGUAUAAUAGCAUUUCGUUUCUAUCCAAUAUAGUCUAAUUGGUCGUGUUGCUAACACUGUAACUGGAGAUGUAAAAAAUAAAUACAGUGAGAGACUGAGAGUGAGGAGGGUUUACUAUUUUCUCUGCCAUAUGUAAUUUGCUUAUUGAAUGCUAAUUCUCGAUCUAAAAACACUGUAUUUUAAAACACUGUAUUUUAACGUUAAAUUCCGGUUUUGUUUGAGGUUUUA